GUCAUGGAUUCCACGUUGGCCCGGACGUGGCAGUCGGAGAGGAGAAUCAUCCAUCCCACCGUAACUCUGCUGCGGUUAAUAAAUACAGCGUCUCCUUCCUUCACUGAAGCAUCCUCGGUCAAAUAUGGGGCUUUCUAUAUCUUCGAUGCUCGAGCGUCUCUUCGGCAAAAAACAGAUGAGGAUUUUAAUGGUUGGGCUGGACGCUGCCGGAAAAACGACAAUCCUGUACAAACUGAAGCUGGGUGAAGUUGUAACCACCAUCCCAACUAUUGGUUUCAACGUGGAGACAGUAGAAUAUAAAAAUAUUACUUUCACUGUGUGGGAUGUCGGCGGCCAGGACAAGAUCAGGCCUCUGUGGAGACACUACUUCCAGAACACGCAGGGCCUCAUCUUUGUAGUGGACAGUAAUGACAGAGAAAGAGUGGCAGAGUCUGCAGACGAGCUUUCAAGGAUGAUGCAAGAGGACGACCUGAAAGAAGCCGUCUUGCUCGUGUUUGCUAACAAACAAGAUCUCCCCAACGCCUUAACUACCACCGAGCUCACAGAGAAGCUUGGCCUCCAUUCCAGGACCAACAGAAAAUGGUAUGUUCAGUCAACCUGUGCCACCCAGGGCCAAGGGCUGUAUGAAGGACUUGACUGGUUAUCCACAGAGCUGCACAAAAACUAAUGAAGGAAUGACGGAACAGAUGAUGGUGACAGACUGAGCACCACAGUACAGGAGAGAAGGCACAGACAUUCAAUGCAGAAACAUUUGGUCUUCCAGCACUCGUGUUGAAAAAAGGACAAGGCUGUUUGACACUCUGUUAUCUUUGGGAAAUUUGACAGUUUCGUAUUUCAUAUUUUGUCAUCAAUACUUUAUUGUAAUAUCUUUUGCUUUCUCCCUUGGUUCGAAACUCUUUACCAUUUGUAAUUCAGUUGCACAGUGAGCAAAUGGCCUUUUCGGGAAAUUCUGUGGUUUUUAUUUUUCUCCUCUUGAUGCCUUGGCUCCUGUCUAGGCAGCAUUUGCAGUAGUGAACUACUUGCAUCAUUUUUGGGCUUUUUUAUAGUAAGUUUUGGGAAAUGAUAAUAUAACACUAGACCUUUAGGGAAGAAACAACUUUGUUGCUGCAACAAGUUUUACAGCAAGUGUUAUCUGACUCCCUUUCAGAGCUCACUCUUCACUGCUUUGUGCUUAAUCCUGAGGUAGCUUGUUUCUUCAAAGGUGUGUAGCUUGUACUAUGAGAGUGAGGAUGUUGGGUCAUUUUCACAGAUUUUGUAAGUAAUGUAAAAUCAUAUGUCGUAUCCCGUAAAUGGAUCCAAACAGGAAUAUUGUGCCUUCUGGUCCCUCUACACAAAUCACUUGCAGCUCCUAAGAUGCUUUUUGCAGCUUUGUUUGACAAACGGAUGCAGAACAGUUGUGUGAUACAUGUCAUAUGUGCUGCAGUGUUUCCUGUGGUGUGGCCGAACCAUGCCAGUUUGUGUGUGUAAAUUGCUUACUUGCAAUUUGACUUUACUAUUGACCAGGAUUUUAUCCUGUUUGAUUAUUUGUGAGUUUGUCCCCGUUCCUCCUCUUUUCUUUUAACAAUAAAUGAUUAAAUUAAAACCUCA